AUGGAGGCCUGGUGGCCAAAGAAGUUCGCGUGCGUUUCCGACGAACCCAUCUACCUCCUGGACAUGGCGCUGCACCCGGCCGGUGCCGCCUCGGCCGCAUCGUGUUCUGACCUGGCGCUGCGGCUUUACGACCAGGCCACGCUGCAACUGGUGGGCGAGUGUCGCGGGCACAUCAGCCGUGUGUGCGGGCUGACCUUUGCUCAUGCGCGGCACGACCUCCUCUACUCGGCGUCCGAGGACGGGACGGUCCGGGCCUGGGACGUCCGCCGCCCCGGCGGUACCGCAGCCCAGGUGUUCCGUGGCGACCGGACCCACAGCUUCUGUAGCUUUGACCUGAGCUGUGGUGACGUGCUGCUCUGCGCCGGCACUUCGCUGGUAGACGAAGACAGCCUGUUGAUGUUCUGGGACAGCAGGAAGCCCAACACGGUCCCGCUGGGCGUGUACUCUGAGUCUCACAGCGACGACAUCACGCAGGUGCGCUUCCAUCCGCACGACAAGGACCGGCUGGCAUCGGGCUCCUCCGAUGGCCUGGUGAACGUGUUCGACCUGCGACGCGGCUCAGAGGAGGAAGCACUGCUCUGCACAUGCAAGGACGACUCGGCGGCGGUGUCCGUGUGCUGGGCGGAGGCCGACGGCAGCCACCUGCUGUGCCUCAGCCCCGACGAGGGACUGCGCCUGUGGGACCUGCGCCAGCUGGACACUGACCGACCCCUCGCUGUCUUCAGCUGCCCGGACGUGCGCCACCUGGAACUGGUGCCGGGCGGGCGGCGCCUGGACUACCUGGUGGGCGGGGCUUGGCUGGAAGGAGCAGGCAAGUUGCUGGUGGUGGGCGGGGACAAGGGCGGCGACGUCUGCCUGAUGGAGUGCGACGGCGACGGGCUGCAUCUUCUUGCGAGCCUCCACGGAGGACACACCGCCACUGUCAGGUGCUUCGUGUGGGACGAGGUCAGGGGGAUGCUGAUCACCGGUGGGGAGGACGCCCGGCUGUUGCUCUGGAAACCGGGGGGAGGAGAGGACAAUGAAAAUUCUCCUGCCUUUAAACUCAAAUGGCGUCCGCACGUAAUAGUGCAAAUCCAAAAAUAGGCCACUGUAGUAACAAAAUACAUGUACUUGUAUGUUUAAAUUCUAUUUUAACCUGGGAUUACUUGCAUCAAAAUCCAAAAAACAACUUUUAACUCGGGAGAAAACGUUCUACAAGGUGACAUAUACCUGACGUGAUUUAGCUACAAAGUGAGUAUCGGGCUGUGGUGAACUCCUUAUGCUACUUCCAUUGCAUCUGACUGACAAUGUUUUUUCUCUUUGAAAACCGUUGACAAAGUGAACCAAUAAGUUUCAACAAAAGAAAGUAUUUGAUCUUGAA